AUGCGAAGAAAUAGGCUUAAUAAACUGUGCACAUUUUUCGGGACUGUGGGCAUUAUAUCCAAAUGCGCACAGUGUAUAGGAAAUGAAAACAAGAUGGGCGCAGGGAAAUUGGAAAACCAGCAAAGCCCACCGGCCCACGAGAAAGUACAAAGCCAUGCUAAUCGCGAGCUACUAAAAGAGCUGGGUGAAAAACAUAAACGUAUUAAGCAGGCUUCAGACCAGAAGGAAGAGUUGAAUGAAGGCCAGGUGGAAUUAAGAGAAAAGCGCGGCCCCAAAGCCUCUGCAGAUCGUAGGCAGGCCAUCCUCUUGUCUUUUUUAUCAAAUAACGACAAGGACGCAAAGACGAAAGACUCUAAGGAGCCUUCUUUUAAUCCAGCCGAAAGCGCAGAUGCACCAGAAAACAGCAAACCAGAAGCUAUAACUCAGCCCGCAAACACUUCCUCUAAGAGCUCGAACAAGAAUGCAGAGAAGAAGGUAAAAAAGCCUGCUGCCGCUGAGAGCGCAGAUGCACCAGAAAAUGAAACCCCAGGGUUUGUGGCCCAAAUCAAGAAUUUAUUCUUUAAAAACUCAAGCAAGGAAAAGGACGCAAAGAAGGAAGAGGCAGAAAAGCCUGCCGUUGCUGAGAGCGCAGAUGCACCGGAAAACAAGCCAGGCCGCAGGCCACCAAUGCCUUUGCCCAAGCCUUCCUCUCUCCACAAAGAUGCACCUCCAGCGUGGCCUGAAAGACAGGAUGGUCGCGCUGAAAUAGAAGAAGACCCACUGUAUGAUACCGUGAAUCCAGAAAUGCCUGAAAAUCCAGAAGAUCGGUUUGUACACGCACAAAAAAACCUUUCGUUCAAGAAUGAGGAUGGAAGCAGCGGCCAAUACGAAGUAAUAGAGUCAAAUCCGAUCUAUGAUACAGAGAUUUCUAGUGGCUAUGCCACGAUAGAUCAUGUAAAAUCUUCAAAGACUAGUCCCAUGCAAGAGAGUGGGCCUGCUGCUAUAUCUGAGGCCUGCCAAAAAACAAGUUCUAAAUCUCCGGAUCACACUACGAUAAACGGAUGCAUUUAUGCAGUUCCAGACACUUGCCGCAAUAAAAAAGCUCAUUUUCAGCCGCCCCAAAAACAAAAAAGUGCUUCCAAUAAAGGCUUGCCGGACGAUCCAAUAUACGCUAAACACGCGGAUAUAGAGAUCUUGGCAUCAAAAACGCCGCGCAAAGCUGCAUCGGCGCGUGAAUAUGAAAAAACUAUAUACGCGGAAAUUCAGCACAGCCCAUCACAAAAAACAGAGCCUUCUACAAAGAAAAAUGCACCGGCGCCUGCCCCCGAGAACUCAAACCCAUGGAUCCAUUCAAAGCCUAAAAAUAGAAAUUUUAUACAAUGA